AUGGGUUCUUGCUUCUCCUCAGAAACUGAUUCCUUUAAUCCCUUGACUGCCAAAGUCAUCUCCGUCGAUGGCUCUCUUCGUGAAUAUUUCGUCCCUGUCAAUGUUUCCCAAGUCCUCCAACUAGAAUGCCCUACCCCAACCUCCUUCUUCCUCUGCAACUCCGACAAGUUAUUUUUCGACGAUUACAUUCCGGCAUUAGAUUCGAAAGAAGAGCUCCAGGAAGGUCAGAUCUACUUCAUCCUACCGGUCAGCAGGCUCCAAUACCCUCUCACGGCUCGGGAAAUGGCUGCCCUGGCGGUGAAGGCGAGCGUGGCGCUCAUGGAUGGGUCCAAGAAGAGCAGACGGCGGCAAAGGAAAAUCCAAAUAUCGCCAGUCUUUAACGAGAAUCAGAGCGUUGGAAGUGAAGAUUUUGAUGGAAUCAAGAGAUUUGGAAUGGAGGGGAAGGUUAAAGGUCAUUUGAGAUCGACGUCUGUGAGAAAGAUGCAAAGAAGUGCGUCUCGGCGAGCGAAGAUUGGGUAUCGUUCUUUUAGAGCGAAGUUGAGCACCAUCCAUGAAGGAUUUGUUGCUGAGUAA